GAGGCCGAGUGCCGGGCGGCUGAUUGGGCUUCUGACGUGCGCAGGGGUAGGCGGAAGGGCGAGCGCCGAGCUACCGAUCAAGCUUCCCGACUCUGGAGAUUAUCGAGCUGCGGUCGCCAUCUCCGGGACCCCGAGUGCGCCCAGCUUCGAGAUUGGGCUUCCCUGGCACCUGUGCCUUCUCUCUCAGCGCUCAUUCUCCACGCCUGGCUUCCCUCUGACAGUCUCACUGCACACUGUGUUGCUGUUUGAGGAGAGCCCAGUUACUGAACUGUAAGGGCCUCUUGAGUUGGUGCUGGCUCUGCUCCCCAGGUCUCUGUGCUGUAGCUGCCAGGGCCUGCAGGAUGUUUCACGGGAUCCCAGCCACUCCUGGCAUAGGAGCUCCUGGGAACAAGCCGGAGCUGUACGAGGAGGUGAAGUUGUACAAGAAUGCUCGAGAGCGGGAAAAGUAUGACAACAUGGCAGAGCUGUUUGCAGUGGUGAAGACAAUGCAAGCGCUGGAGAAAGCAUACAUCAAGGACUGCGUCACCCCCAAUGAGUAUACUGCAGCCUGCUCCAGACUCCUGGUCCAGUACAAAGCUGCCUUUCGACAGGUUCAAGGUUCAGAGAUAAGCUCCAUUGAUGAAUUUUGCCGAAAGUUCCGACUGGACUGCCCACUUGCCAUGGAAAGGAUCAAGGAGGACCGGCCCAUCACUAUCAAGGAUGACAAGGGCAAUCUAAACCGCUGCAUUGCAGACGUGGUCUCGCUCUUCAUCACAGUCAUGGACAAGCUGCGCCUAGAGAUCCGCGCCAUGGACGAGAUUCAACCAGACCUACGGGAGCUGAUGGAGACCAUGCACCGCAUGAGCCACCUGCCCCCAGACUUUGAGGGCCGCCAAACAGUCAGCCAAUGGCUGCAGACCCUGAGCGGCAUGUCGGCCUCCGAUGAGCUGGAUGACUCCCAGGUGCGCCAGAUGCUCUUCGAUCUGGAGUCGGCUUACAAUGCCUUUAACCGCUUCCUACAUGCCUGAGCCUCAAUGAGACAAGAGUGGAGCUCAUAAGAGGUGUAGCAUAUCAGCCUCAGGGGACAUUUGAUGGUUCCCCAGUGUCUAUACCUGUCCUGGAUGUCUGCGUUGUCAGGAAGUCACCCCCCAAUAAAGAUUCUGUCUGACCCUCCUUCUGUGGGCAGCUA